AUGUGCGAAAGCGAAAACAAGCAUUUCUGUUUGUGUGUCUUAGAAAUUUUGGCCCUUUUGGGUCUUCUGGCCUUAGUUCUUUGGCUAAGUUUACGCCCAAAGUCCCCUUGUUAUACCAUUGUGGAUAUCACCAUUCCAAAUUCUGAUAUAGAGAAUGGGGCACAGAAUGGCUCUAUUGUGUAUGUUCUUGAGAUUGAAAACUCUAACAAAGACUCCAGUAUUUUUUAUGAUACCUCAGUCUUGACGUUCUAUUAUGGGCAGGAUAAAGUUGCAGAGAAAACCAUACCUCCUUUUCAUCAAGGAAGAAGCAAAACCCGUACGGUGAUGGAUGAUAUUGAUGCCAAUCCACAGGUGUGGAGAUCUGUUCGCAAUUCAAUAUCGAAUGCAACUGGAGAGUUGAAGGUGACUUUGCUAACUAAGAUUAGAUACAAAACAUGGGGAAUCAAGAGUAAGCGUCACGGGCAAGACUUGCAAGGUGCAUUACCAAUAGGUAAAGACGGCAAGCUUUCUGGUAAGAAGAAGAAAAUCAAGCUAAGCCAUGCUUCCAAGAAACUGAGGAGGAAUAGUCUUAGAUUUUGA